AGGCGAUGGAAGAAUUGGAAACAACUGUUGAGAAACAACGGUAUUCUCGACUACAACAUUUGUUACAGAAGUCAAAUGUCUACUCAGAGUUUCUUCUUCAACGGAUAGAAGAGCAGAAAACGGAGAAUGAGAAAAGAAAAGCUCGAGAAGCAAAAAGAGCUGAGAAGGCGAAGAAAGAGGAUGAUAAAGAAUUGCCACAAACUGUAGGUUUUAACAUUUGGUCAUUAAAGUGAGAGUAUUACAAUUGGUGACUAUUGUCAAGUCAUUAUUGGCUGUAGUUUCAUCUCUAAUUCAAUCCAUUCCUCCCCUACAAACUGCACAAUGUGGUGAGAAUCGUGCAGCGGCCAUAAGGACUGUACCCAAAUCGGCCAUUGUGUGUCCUUGGCACUGAAGCCCCGUUUACACUACGCUCAAUUUUUGGUACGGCACGGAUAAAAUUGGUACCCGUACCACUUUUUUGGUUCUUGGACUACCUAUUUAGGUAGUCCAAGAACCAAAAAGUGGUACGGUACCAAAAAUUGAGCGUAGUGUAAACGGGGCUCUGAGUAAACUACAUGCAACUGUAUGAUACACACCUUUUUUAAUUUUAAGCCGGAAUAAACUACGAUAUGUCGUUAAAACAUUCCUUGAGUUCAAUACAAUCCUAUAUGUUGUUUAGUAUUAUCAACUCCUUUUCUGGCAAGGCUUGACCGAAUUUCUAGGCCUUGCCCCGUAGCUAUUUUAAUGAAUCCUAUAUAAGCUAUCAUUAAAAAGCGUCUCUCUUUUAAUAAUAACACUUUGCCCUGAUUCGAUUUCACAAAACGUCCACUCUAUUGCCUACAAUAUUAUUUAACUAAUUUGGCUAACACCUAUUUUCAAAAUUUCCCUAUACAGUGUUAUAGUUCUUUUUUACUUUAAUUAAUAUACAUGAUCGCAAGGAACUCGAUAUUCAAUUUUACAGGUUCCUGACACGAAACGUGGUCGUAAGUGUAAUCAGAAAUCCACGGGUUACAACAUCACAGAUUACGUGGAUACUGAGGUAGGUUGUUUGUAAUCACUGAUCUGAAAAGUAAGACUGGAUAGAGCAUCGUUUGGAGUUCUUUAAGCCAAUUUUGAAACCAGAAUGAAGAGAUUAUUAAUGGACCAUUUGCAUUAUAGACUAAAUUUUUAUCUAGACGAAAAUUUCAUUACAGCUUGAAAGAGCAUCACAAAAUUAGUAAUAUUCCAAAGUUUCGUUGCGAAAUGUUGUAAAAUGCGGAUAAUAUAGCCAUGCGAAGUUUGCCGUUUUUCAGUCAUUUUGUAUUACGCACGGGAAAUUGACAGCCCAAUCUGGUGUUGGGGCAUCAAUUUCCCGUUUGUAAUACAAAAUGACUGAAAAUUGCAAAGUUCGCAGGGCUAUAUUAUCCGCAUUUUACAACAUUUCGCAACAAAACUUUGGAAUAUUACUAAUUUUGUGAUGCUUUUUCAAGCUGUGAUGAAAUUUUUGUCUAGAUCAAAAUUUAGUCCAUAAUGCAAAUGGUCCAUUGUUAGGACGUUUAAAUUAUAGUUUUAUUAUAGAUUUUAGAAUGUUUUAAUCACUAUAGUUGAGAUGCGACUGUUGAUGUUUGGUGGUCACUAGUCAAUAUGGUCACCAUUCCCGUCAUUUGUGCAUAGCAGAUGCACCACAAGUCUCAGUUUUUAGGAUCAGUAUUUGUAACUCUAAAUCAAGGGCAUUUGCAUUUUCCAUCAUGACAUAAGAUGAUUAUUAUAUGUAAGUAGUAGCGUCAGCAUGCAUGUCUGAAAAAUGUUGAUUGGUACAGAUGACUCGUUCAGUAUAGACUUUUGUAGCAUCACUUGUUUUGUAUAGGCGUUGAAAAAGAGCAGCCAGGAAUCAAUAGCCGUAUCAUGUGUACCGGAUAAAGAUGACAAUAAAAAUCUUUCCAUUGGACAUCAUUCCAAUGAAAAUGAAACUCCUCGGGUAAUUUCGUUAAUUCUAUAUGUAUUUUUCAGAAUGAGUGAUUAAGACUAUAGUUCUGAAAUUCUGGUUUCAUCUCAUGUACCCACUACAAUAAAGAACUAUAUACAUGCACGAUUGUUGUAUCGUAGGAGUUGGUUGAGUUUUACUGGUCUGAGGCAACACCGAACUGUAAAUCCAACCCAGACUGAAUAAUUUGGGUAAUAAAAUUGAGUACAGUAUUACAAUUAAUCACUAAAGAAAAGAAAAACACCAAGAAAAAGACGGUAUAUUAAAACGAGUUGCGUUUAUACCAUAGGCAUAUUUUCUUUUAAGAAUGAGUCCUGAGAGUUUGCUUAACAAUGCGUCCUGAGAGUAUUCUUAGGUUUGUUGGUGCCUUCAGUGCCAAAAAAUAUUAAAUUCUGUUACCUUCCAGCAGUUUUAUCGUCUUUUUUUCGUGAAAGAAGGUUAUUUCUUGUUGUCGUCAUAUGAGCUUCAUAAAAUCAACAUCACUGUUUAUUACAUGUUUUACGAUCGCAACAAGAUUCGCCUCUUGAUCCAACACUUGUAUGCCUCAAUUCUCGUCUGCGAUUGUCGCAAGAAAAAAGAAACUCUUGUAUUUCGCGACGUCAUCUCCGAUGAUAUAAAUUUGUACAUAUUCUCGUAUAUCGCCAAUAGAACAUUUCUUUCUACUCGACCUUUAUUGAUAUUUCCUUUUUAGAGUGAGACUACAGGCUAUAAAAGACCUCAGUUACUGACAGGAGGGUCGCUAAGAGACUAUCAAAUAGAAGGUGUGGAGUGGUUGAAGGUAAAAUUUGUGACUGAAUAUUUGAACCAAGGGUUUGGUCAUUGACGAGAGGCGCCGCGCAAUGCAUUGUAGGUAAAUGGACAAUUGUCAGAAACUAACAAUAAAUCUUUGAAAAACGAAAAGCAACUAUAAAAUAAAUUUUUAUUGCACGAUAAGGCGCUGUGUUCUAACCAACGUUUUCCAACAAUAACAUCAUUAAAUAACCCAAAUGCGUCAACACUUUUGCUUUAAACAUUGUUUCUCAAUACAUUUUCCCUGUUUAUCGCCACGAUUGCAGACGUGGCAUUGGGAAAGAUUUCUGGUAUUCUUUGGAAUUUAUAUCACUAUUAUUUAUAUCACAAAAAGAAGUGUUAAGAAAAGAUAUAGUAAAUUUUCAGGAUAAAUCCCUGAGCUCUAAUCCAAAAUUGUACACUUGGGAUAUAGUCUGCUCUCCUCUAUAUGUAUACAAUGGUCCUUCUAUUAACUUAUUAUAUCUCAGGUAUUAUUUGAGAAUGGUGUGAAUGGUAUUCUAGCUGAUGAAAUGGGUCUUGGCAAGACAAUCCAAUGUAUUGCAUUAAUAGCACAUUUGAUCGAGAAUGGAGUUCUCGGUCCAUUCCUUGUUACAGCGCCAUUAUCGACACUGCCUAACUGGCUGGCUGAGUUUAAACGAUUUACUCCUGGUGUAAGUGACGUAGUUUUAUAAUUGAGAUCAUUCACUUGAAGGGUCCGAGGAC